AUGAGAAGAACGACACUAAUCAAGGAGUUGGUUCGUAUACAGAAGAAAACGAAUACAAGCAUUACGCAAUACGCCAACGAAUACGAGCACAAAGCCGAACAAAUUCAAGCGGCAAGCAUAGAGCUGGCGGAUAACUUGUUAUCGAUAAUGAUGCUAGCUUCUUUACCACCCGAACAUGAAAGUUUUACAGUAGCGAUCGAAUCACGUGAUGAAAUACCCUCGUUCGAAUAUCUAAAAACGAAGUUAAAAGAAGAGGAAGGCAGAACGAUAGAAUGAGGUGCGAUGGAACAUAUGUGCAAUUCGGAAAACCAAUUUUCCAUGUUAAGCAAAUGAAGCCAACAAACGUUUAUAUGGCUGUAGACUAUUCUGUAGAAGCACGUGGUAAAGGAACAGUAGAAUUAAAUGUUUGUGUAAGUAAAAAUAGAUCCGCAACAAUUAA